AUGAAACAGUUAUGGCAUUUCAAAUUUAAAAAUUUGAAAUUUGCGCAAUAUGGCUUUUAUUGUUAUCAGAUAGAUGCCUUAGAGAUUAUAAAUGUUGAUACGAAAUGUUUGGCCUUUGUGAGUGAUAUGCAUUCUAAGCCAAGAAAACACGGCUGGUAUUUUCGUGGAACAGGCGUUAUUUAUAUCGUUUUUAAUUUGGCAAGUGGUUCAUUUGAUACGAGAAACUUAGCUGAACAAUAUUUAGAAAAGACUUUGCUCUUUUUGCUUGUUACAGUAACAAUAACAAUUGCUCAGGAUGACGAAACACUGUAUGCAGUUUUUGGCUUCAUGAACAAAAAUGUGAAACGUACUUUAAUCUAUAAGCAAAAGCUCUUCUGGACCUACAAUGUAUUUAACCCUAGUAACAGGAAAGGAACCUUGGAAUGGACGACAAGAGCAGCUUCGUGA